AUGUUCCUGAUAUCGAAGAAGGGGCCACAUGCCAAUGUUGGCAACGGCGCAACCAAAGACUUGAAGAGAAAGAUUGAUAGGUAUUUUGGACUGAUAAAUAAGCUUUCAAUUGAGCCAAGAUUACUGAGUGAUCAAGGUUGUAAAGAUACCGUCAUGUCAUCGUUUGUUGAGAGAAGAGACGAGAGCACAUACUUAUAUCGAAGGAAAGCGUUUGAUUUAAUGAGCUGUUUGGAUGACCUUCUGUGUCGCGUUGAUGUUUGCUUGGCUCGUAAACCUGGCCAGUCAGUGAAAGAGCAUAUAGAGAAUUUGCAAAAGCCACCAUAUGCUCCGUUUGUAGAUUGUAAAGACCUUUGCUCAAGGGUUGUCACAAUGUAUGAACAUGCAAGGUACGGUGUAAAACCAUUCGAAGUUAGUGAUUUUGAAAAAUUUUCAGAAGAAAUGAAUGAUCUUACAAAGAAGGUCUAUAAUAAACUGCAAGUCCCAGGAAGUCUGAUCGUGCCACUGAAACGUUCAUUAAAUGAACAGAGUGAAGCUAGUUUGCUCUCUGGGGAAAAAAUUCAUGGCAUUAUGGAGUAUGAACCAGCAAUAACUUCAAAGGUACUUUAUAGAAGAAAAGAUGAAGUAACAGAUUGUGGUUCAAAGUCUGAUAGAAAGAUUUAG